AUGGCGCCGCCCCCAGCCGCCUGGCCAAGCCCGCCCGCCACCACCACCGCCGCCUGGCCGAGCCCGCCCGCCGCCGCGCACCUCGUCGUGCCCGCCGGCCACCGCCUGGCCGUGCCCGUCCGCCGCCGAUCGUGCUGCUGCAGGCGCUCAGGGUCGCGAGCUCCUCCAGCUAGGCCGCCGCAGCUCACCACUGGUCGGGCUCCCGCCUCGCCGUGCCCGUCCGGCGCUGCCUCGCCGUGCCCGUCCGCCGCCGGUCGUGCUGCUGCAGGCGCUCGGGGUCGCGAGCUUCUCCGGCUAGGCCGCCGCAGCUCACCACCGGUGCGGGCCCCUGCCUCCCGUCAGGCAGCCGCCGCGAGCUCCUCCGGCUAG